GACGGGGGCGGGCCGAGGAGUCUCUCCUGGCCGAGGAGACGAGCCACAGAAGGCUGACACAUCCCGCGUCCGAUGCUCAUGCUGCGAGUCCCCGAUCCGGGCUCGCUCCCGGCCCAAGUCGCCUCGGAGAUGGACCACGACGAGGAGGAGGCGGCGAAGGCGAAGGCGGCGGCGUUCCUCCGGGCGCGGCGGCCCUCGGCUUACAAGAUCAGCCUGCGGGGCUUCGACGGCGGCGGCGGCAGCCCUUCCCCGAGAGAGGAGAGCCUUCCCCCGCUGCUGCCGCUCCUGCUGCCCGAGAGCCGCCCCCCGAAGCGGGAGGAAGAAGAGGAGACCGAGGAGGCCGAGACCCGCGCCGUGGCCACGUCCCCCGACGGGCGCUUCCUCAAGUUCGACAUCGAGAUCGGACGGGGCUCCUUCAAGACCGUCUACAAGGGGCUCGACACUGAGACCACCGUCGAAGUGGCCUGGUGCGAGCUGCAGACACGGAAGCUGUCCAAGGUGGAACGGCAGCGCUUCAGCGAGGAGGUGGAGAUGCUGAAGGGGCUCCAGCACCCCAACAUUGUGCGUUUCUAUGACUCAUGGAAGUCUUCCGUCAAAGGACAAGUCUGCAUUGUGUUGGUCACCGAACUCAUGACGUCAGGAACCCUCAAAACAUAUCUGAAGCGCUUCAAGGAGAUGAAGCUGAAGGUCCUUCAACGCUGGAGUAGACAGAUCUUGAAGGGACUGCAUUUUCUACACACCCGAUCUCCCCCAAUCAUCCACCGGGACCUGAAAUGUGACAAUAUUUUCAUCACGGGCCCCACUGGCUCAGUCAAAAUUGGAGACCUUGGUUUAGCUACACUCAAGCGUGCAUCAUUUGCCAAGAGUGUCAUAGGAACUCCUGAAUUCAUGGCCCCAGAGAUGUACGAGGAGAAAUAUGAUGAAGCCGUGGAUGUUUACGCAUUUGGCAUGUGCAUGCUGGAAAUGGCAACCUCGGAGUACCCCUAUUCGGAAUGUCAGAAUGCAGCUCAGAUCUAUCGCAAGGUCACCUCGGGCCUGAAGCCCAACAGCUUUGCCAAGGUGAAGGUGCCUGAGCUGAAGGAGAUCAUUGAAGGCUGCAUCCGGAUGAAGAAGAAUGAGAGAUACACCAUCCAGGAUCUUCUGGAUCACGCCUUCUUCCAAGAGGACACAGGGGUCCAUGUAGAGCUGGCAGAGGAAGAUGAUGGAGUCAAGUCCAACCUGAAGCUUUGGUUAAGGAUGGAUGACACAAAAAAGCUGCAUGGAAAGUAUAAAGACAACAAUGCCCUGGAGUUCCAUUUCGAGCUCUACAAGGAUGUGGCUGAAGAAGUUGCCCAGGAAAUGGUGGUCUUGGGUUUUGUGUGUGAGGCAGACUACAAGCUGGUGGCCAAAGCUGUACGUGAGCGGGUCCUUGCCAUCAAACGCCAACGUGAGAAAGCCAAACGGGCUCAGGAGGAACUGAAGCAGCUUGAACAGACACCGAAUAUGGCUCCUGAUAUCCUACAUUUGCUGGAUCUGGAUUCCCCACCGCCUCUCAGUCCUGCGCAGCCAUCGGCACCCACCACACCUGGCUCUGGGGACUCUGCCCUUGGUCCAACCUUCCCCCCAGAGCCAGAGGAGCCAGAAGUUGACCAGCACCAGCCCUUCCACUUUCAGCCUGGCUAUUCGUCUGCCACAUCUGACUGUGAGACUGAUGAAUACCUUAGUUCCUCCGGGUUUGUGGAUUUGCCUGACACACCACAGAGUCUCUCCAGCCCAGCAGCGGGCCCUGAGCACUCUUUUGCAUCAACUAUUGCUGUGAGUCUGAACCCAGUCCAACAUAGUGACUUCUCUUCCCCUGUGGACAGCUACACAUCCGAUGUGGCAUCUGGCUUGAGCGAUGGUUGUGAGGGUCACUCUGCAAGCGAGAGUAAGGCAAAGCCUGUGCCCAAGCGGGGGUCUGGAAGACUUCUCCGUCGCCGUGCCCGAUCUCGCCUCCGCAUCUCCAGUGUGCCAGACCAGAAUGAUCGGGUGGUGGAGUGUCAACUACAAACAUAUAAUAAUAAGAUGGUAACCUUCAAAUUUGACCUGGAUGGAGACAGCCCUGAGGAAAUUGCAGCUGUCAUGGUUACCAGGGAGUUCAUCCUAAAAUCUGAACAAGAUGGGUUCAUCCAGCGAAUCCGAGAUAUUAUCCAACGUGUGGAGACUGUCUUGCGCUCCAACAAAGACCAAGGAGCACCAGGGAGCUCUGAGGUGCCAUGUCACACCCCUCCAUUGACUGCCAAUGGGCUCCCAGGUGAUCUGCCAGUACAAGACCUUUCACAUUCCAUCUCAUCAUCUUCAUCUCUUAGUGAUUUUGGCUGCUCCAGCCCUGGACAAUCCAUAUUAUCUCCUUCCCCAGUGCCACUGGUGGAUGCCGCCGUGGAGAAUGAGCCUCAUAACCCCAUAGUUCCUCCAUCAAGCACGCAAACUUUUGGGCUGCCUAUAUUUUCAACAGCAUCCACAGGUGUCCCCAGCAUGCCUAUGCAGAGUUGGCCAUCUUACCACAUGGUGCCAAUGACGCCAACAGCUCCGCCAUACCUUCUCCCUGUUUCACAGCCAAUCCCCUCACCAAGCCCCUUUCUCCCUCAAUUGCCGCUUACCUCGCCCACUGCCCCACCUGCUACUGCAGCUGCCCCUCCUGUCCCCCUCUGGACCACCUCCAAUUCCCCGCUCUUCUCCCUUGCCAAUGUUUUCUCUCUGGCUGUGAUGAGUAUGGCCCAGUCCCUUCUUCCGGCAGUGUCCGUAGUGCCUUCCCAGACAGGACCGCUCUACACCUCGCCAGUCCCACAGUCACCGCUGUUCCCUCCUCCUAGCCCAACCACUGCACCGCACUUCAUCUACCCUGAGGUGGCAUCCCCAACCAAGCCAGCCCAGCUAGCCAAUGGGAUGUUUGGACCACCGCCACCUCCAGGCUGUCAGCCAUCUCCCGUCAACUCAGUUCCAUGGAGGCCUGGUGACAGUGUGCAGGUGCCUCUUGCCUCUCCCUGGGCUGGAUCACAGCUAACCGUUUCAGAUUCACCAACUCCCGAUAGUCCAUCAACUCGGCUUUCACCCAUCACUGAAGAGCCCAAGCCACAAAUUCUGGGCCGCUUCCAGGUGACGCCAACAAAGGAUGUGCCUCCUGAAGAACCCCCAAAGGUCAAUGGGCCCAGCACCCCAAGCACUUCAGACUCCGACAGCGGGUCUCCUGGCGGAACCCCAGUGCAGGAAGCAGAGGAGGGCACCACCCCUGUGGCAGAAGAAGGAGAUGUGGAGACUGCAUCAAACACCUCCUGUGUCUGGAUUAAUUAUCUGAAUAGUCCAUCCUACGCAAGCAGUGAUGAUUCAGACAGUGCUGAUGAUGACGUUUGGGAUGAGCUGCAGCUCUUGCGGCAAAAGCAUCUCUCUGAGGUAGAAGCACUUCAGACCCGGCAGAAGCAGGAGAUAGAGGAGCUGUAUGCCCGUCUGGGCAGGGUACCUCCUGCUGGGAUUGUGUCACCAGCUACCAUGCUCUCCAGCCGCCAGCGCCGCCUCUCCAAGGGGAGUUUCAACCCUUUGCGGCGAAGCAGUCUGCAACGUAUGGAUGGUGUUCAACCCCAAGGGAUCAUGAGAAGGAAUUCAGUGAGCGGUGGUAGCAGCAGCACCUCGCAAGAGCAGCGGCAAACCAAGGGUGUGAAGUUCGCCAGUGAUGUUGGAUGCAUGUAGCCAGACUGACCAUGGAAAACUUCGUGGACUACCUCAGCCUACUGCCUACCAUUGGAAGGAUGGAAGCUCACGGCCAGGCUUCCUUUGGAACGUUUGCCUUAUGCUCUAGCUGUGAGGCCAACCACCAUCCCUCCGUUUGGCAAACUUCUCCUUGUAUAAGGAAUGGAAAAGCUGCCUCCAAGAACCGUACCUAGGCCAAGCAACUGAAGAUGGGAGCAGUUUGACACCACAGUGCACCUUUUUCUCUACAAACUCUUUGGAUAUGUAGAAAGAAGCCAAGUCCUUGCUUGAGGUUGCUUUGAGUGCAAAUUCCUGGACUGCGUGUCUUAAUGCUGCUCUUUCUCUCGCAAAUGCUCCUGUAAGAGAAGCAAGACAUCCUCUGACCUUUCGAAUUUCCCAUGCAAUGGAACCAGGGCCUUUACACUUAAAGCCAGAUUGACCCAUGUGUUGGAACUGGAGAAAAUGGUCAAGGACUGGUUUGAGCAUGGCUUUGCAUGGCUUCAUUUGUAAAGCCAGACCAAAGGGCUCAGAAAUGUUUGAUUAGCUGCCUUAAGGGAAAAACAUUCAGACUUUCCCCUCAGUAUUAUAGGAAUCGGGGCCUUCUUUCUUGCUUUAUCCCUCAGGCUGGUCGCUCCCAACAGCAAUGGCACAAUACUAGAUUUUCUCUUGCACUUUUUUAAAAAAAUCUUUGUCCUGAUUGGGAAAUGAACAUAUUGGGGCCCAUCCCUUUACUUACAUGGGAAUCUGCACUUUGGAAUGAAGCCCUGCUGCUCUCACCCUUGUGUAUGAUGUUUCAUGUUUUAUAUAAAGAUGCCUUUUGGAAGGGAAA